AUGUUGUUAAUAAAGGAGCGGGGUGCAUUGAAUGGUGCAUCUAAUCUCGUGGGCGGACUUACUGAUGGACUCACUGGUGUACUGGGAGGUGUAGACGGAGCUAUUGGUGGUGGUUUAGAUACUGUAGGCAAUAUUGUUAAAAACGGAGGUGGUUUAGUCGGUGGACUCGCCAAAAACGGUAUUGAUUUGGGUAAAGGUCUGGUCCACGGAGGCAUUGGGUUAGCAAAUAAAGGGCUUGAGUUUAAGAAAAAUUUGGAACAAGGUGCAUUGAAUGGUGCAUCCAAUCUUUUGGGUGGACUUACUGAUGGACUAACUGGUGUAUUGGGAGGAGUAGACGGAGUAAUUGGCGGUGGUUUGGAUAAAGUAGGUAAUGUUGUUAAAAAUGGAGGUGAUUUAAUUGGUGGAAUCGCCAAAAACGGUAUGGAUUUGGGUAAAGGUUUGGUUCACGGAGGCAUUGGUUUAGCUAAUAAAGGCCUCGAGUUUAAGAAAAACUUAGAACAAGGUGCGCUCAAAGGUGCAUCCGAUCUCGUGGGUGGACUUACUGAUGGAUUAACUGGUGGACUGGGAGGAGUAGACGGAGCAAUUAGCGGUGGUUUGGAUGCAGCAGGCAAUGUUGUUAAUAAAGGAGCUGGUUUAGUCGGUGGACUCGCCAAAAACGGUAUGGAUUUGGGUAAAGGUUUGGUUCACGGAGGCAUUGAUUUAGCUAAUAAAGGGCUUGAGUUUAAGAAAAACUUGGCACAAGGUGCGCUCAAAGGUGCAUCCGAUCUCGUGGGUGGACUUACUGAUGGACUAAGUGGUGGACUGGGAGGAGUAGAGGGUGCAAUUAGCGGUGGUUUGGAUGCAGCAGGCAAUGUUGUUAAUAAAGGAGCUGGUUUAGUCGGUGGACUCGCCAAAAACGGUAUAGAUUUGGGUAAAGGUCUGGUACACGGGGGCAUUGGUUUGGCUGAUAAAGGCUUGGAGUUUAAGAAAAAUUUGGAGCAAGGUGCGUUAAAUGGUGCAUCCAAUCUUGUUGGUGGACUUACUGAUGGAUUGGGAAACAUAGAGGGAACAAUUGAUGGUGGUUUGGAUACAGUAGGCAAUGUUGUUAAUCAAGGAGUUGGUUCAAUGGGAGACGUUGUCCAUCAGGGAUUAGAUAUAGCUGGGCGACUACCUGAUCAAGUUAGCGGUACUGUCAAUGAUCUAACUGGCAAACUUGACGGACAAGCACAGGGAGGUGUGAGUUCUGGUAUUGAUUUUGAUCCAUCAGCUGAUCUAUCAGUCGGAGGACAAGCACAGGGAGGUGWGARUUCUGGAUCAGCUGAUCUAUCAGUCGGAGGACAAGCACAGGGAGGUGAGAAUUCUGGAUCAGCUGAUCUAUCAGUCGGAGGACAAGCACAGGGAGUCGGAGGACAAGCACAGGGAGGUGAGAAUUCUGGAUCAGCUGAUCUAUCAGUCGGAGGACAAGCACAAGGAGGUGUGAGCUCUGGUAUUGAUUUUGAUCCAUCAGUCGAUCUAUCAGUCGGAGGACAAGCACAGGGAGGUGUGAGCUCUGGUAUUGAUUUUGAUCCAUCAGUCGGAGGACAAGCUUCAGUAGAUAUUGGUGGCAAAAAUGGUAUCGGUUUUAACGCUCAGUUGGGCGGAUCCACUGAUAUUAACUAA